CGAUCGCGCCGCAGGCAGGCCGCGCAGUGUUUAGUCUUCGCUCAGUUGCGUCCUCGAUCGUUCGCGAGUGUGUUCUCGUCGUUCAAUAACGGAUUUUCGUACCCUCGGCGCUAAUUUCGACAGAUUUAAAUCCCGUGGGUGCGUGUGCGCGCGGAUGUGUCAAUGUGUGUGAGUGUGUGUCCCGCGGGUGAUAAGUGCUGAGCUCUUGGAGAACGAACCAGAUCGAAAUCUAUAAAAAAAAUUAUAAAAAAAAGACCAAUGUACGCGGUGUAAUGAGUUCGUUUCCAAUUAAUUACAUCGCAACGUGUGACCGACCACGGGUAGAUCGAGCGCCAACGUCUUAACCGGACACAGAGAACACACGUGACCUCAUUGUUUUUGUAGUUAUUCCCAUUCGAAUUUGUCACAUGCACGAUUGAGCACAGUUUAUCGAACGGCUGAUUUAUUUUGAAGAAAAUAUAGCGAUUUAGAGUGUUACGACAAUCGAUCGUAGCGGAACCGUCGAAAAUACGAUAACACAGGGUCAUUCGUAAUAAUCGAAGAUUCACUUGUGCACGAUACGGAUGCUGCAAUCGUCCUACCUUAACUUCCUCGUCUCUGUGAGGUUCGUCGGAACUCGUGAAAUUUCAAGUUCCCCGAAAGGCUGAAAAUAAUAAUAAACAAAAACAAACGUAGUUCGUUUUUUUUCUAUUAACGAAAUCCUGUCGAGGAACUAAAUCCAGAAUGCCUUGUUCCGCGGUCACGCUGUCCCUAGCGACCAUAACCGGCAUUAUCGCCACGGCGUUAUUGUCGAUCGCCUUCGGGACGGACAAUUGGCUCUACACGGAGGUGAAACGUGCCCAAAUACAGCAAUAUGCGGCGAAGCAUCCGGAGCAGAGUCAUUUGGUGGAGCAAAUGAAUGCCAAGUAUUAUUAUUACACGAGAACUCAAGGAUUGUUCAGGAUAUGUUACCCGAAGGAGCGACCGCCGACCGUUGAAACGUAUCUCAGUCCGGUCGAAACUCACUGCAUGAACAUCGAUUACUUCAUACCGGAUGAGGAUAACGAAACGAGGGGCUUUUCCGAAGAUGCGACAGCGAGACUUCACAUGGGAAGAUCGGCAAUCGCUCUCUUCAUGGUCAGUUUUCUGGCCAUUUUCUCAGCGUUCUGGACCGGUGUUGUUGGAUGCUGGAGAAGAUCACCUGGGAAUAUCACCGCGACUGCGAUACUCAUGCUGUUUGCUUGUUUGCUGAGUGCAGGUGGAAUGGGACUUUGGCACGGAGUCGAGUACUACGAGAAGGAAAAGAUAGUUGGCGAAGAAUAUUAUCAACAAUGGAGUAACGUUUUGAGGGACAACGCUGCGCAGUGGUACGACUGGUCAUUCUAUUUAGCGUGGUUGGGAGUCGCAACUUGUUUGGCGACAAUGACACUGUUCCUGAUAGCAGCGACUUGUCUGAGACGCGAGCGAGCCCGUGAACAGGCGCAAAAUGUUCAAUACAUAAUGCCAGUUUAUCCGCAAAAGCAACAAUACGCGUACGCGGGUUAUCCAGCACCAGCUGCUUAUCCAGGACCAUAUUAUCACGGCUCGCAAUACGGGCCUUAUAAUUACUGAAGCGAGAACUGGAAGAUUGUACACGGCUGACCAACGUCUGUGGGAAGAGCGAAAUAAACGAAGAUAAAAAUACGAUUGAAUAAACGUGACGGAGGGAUAAAAAGUAGCGAAAAAUCUUGAUCUUCAAAACGAAUAUCAUCGAGACUAAAAGAGAUGAAGAAUAAUCAAACAAGAGCACGUGCACAAACACCAUUUGCGUUCGUAUGAAUUCCGCUAUGCGGAAUUGGCACGGUAACGUUGUGAGCAGAGACUCACAAAUGAGUGCAUUAUUAAAGCUUCUUUUUCCGGAGUCUAAAGCUCAAACGACGAAGGAAGUUCAUUCGACAUGCAGAAACACGAAAAUUAAAUGAAUUCCACAUGACUAAGGAUCUGAUUGAAAAAUUCAGCUAUAUAUAUUUAUAAAUAUAUAGAAAUUUGUGUAACUUAUCAAAUAAUAAUAAUAAUAAAUAGUUAUAUAAUUUUGUAACUUAUAGAACUUAUAAUAAGAUCUUCAUUUUCUAUGCGCAUUCGAGCUAACUGGCUCCUCGGGUAUUUAAAAGAAAAACACGAAUUUUCAACAUUUAUGUUCGUCUUCGAUUUCGAAAGAAACAUACAAACUGCGUGUAGGAAAUACGAGGAAGAGAUCGAUGAUGGAAAAUUGUAUCAUUUUAUUGUUUGUUUUAUAAUAUUUUUUUUUUUGAAAAUCCGCAAGGCGGUGCUGCUCAAAAUCCAACCAUCUAAUAUACACGCCAAUGCGUACGUAUGCAAAACUACCAAACCGCGUGUUAUGCAUUUAAUUUUAUAUUAUAUUUGAAUAUAUAUUUCUUUGCUAAAGACGAAUAAAAUAGUAACACAGCGUGCUGGUUCGUCAUUGUCAUUUCGUUUCAUCUAUUGUUCGUUUUGCGAGAAAAAAUCAAGGAAAAAAUCAAUAAAAUCCAUAAACACAUCUCAGACGAAUCGUCAUAACAAUAUUUAAGAUUUACUUUGUACGAAUCUAAGAAAUAUGCGACGCUCAAGUUUGCAACGUUAGAGUUCAACGAAGUGAACGAAAAAAAGAUUUGUAAUUCACCAAUUAUUUAUUUCACGGUCAUUGGUGUAGGUUGAAAAACUAGAAAUUUCAAAUUCGACAGGAAACAAUAUUGAAGAUUUACUGAAAUUAUUUGAGAGAUUUUUUUUAGAUCAUUUCGUUGGACUUCAACGUUGCAAACUUCAGUGUCAUAGAAAUAUUAGAUUGUUCGAAUUUCUACUUGUUUUUCAGUCAAUAUACUGAAAGCGAAUAAAAACCUUCCCUUUCCUUCA